AUGAUUUCAAUUUUAUUACCAAUCAUUUUUUUUGUAGCACAUUAUGCAAUGUCUAUUGUAUUUGGUUUAUAUAAAAUAUUUUUAACAAUAAUAAAAUAUAAAAAUAUAAUAUAUUCCGCAUUAUUUAAUAAAAUACCAAUUGAAGAUAGAAAAAAAGUUGUAAUUAUUGGUGGUGGAUUUUCAGGUAGUAUUGUAGCACAGAAAUUAGAGAAUGAUUAUCAAGUAACAUUAAUUGAUACAAAAGAUUUCUUUGAGUUUACACCAAGUAUUCUUAGAACUAUUGUCGAACCAACUCAUGUCAGAAGAAUUCAGGUAUUACAUUCACAUUAUUUAAAGCAUACAAAUGUUGUUCAAAAAGAAGUGUUAGGAGUUCAAAGAAAUGAAGUAGUAUUGGAUGAUCGUACAGUAGAGUUUGACUAUUUAGUAAUUAAUUCAGGUUCAAGUUAUAAUUCACCAUUUAAGGAAUCUAGCGUAGUUUCAUCAGCACGUGCAAAUACAUUACGUGAGAACUACUAUCACAUUAGAAAAUUAAAAAAGAUAUUAAUUAUUGGUGGCGGUAUUGUAGGUGUAGAGUUAGCAGCAGAAAUAGUCGAUCAUUUUAGAGGCAAAGAAGUCACUAUCGUUCAUUCUCAAUCACGUCUUAUGAAUCGAUUCCCAAAGAAAGCUAUUCGUUAUACCGAAGAAUUUUUACAAUCUCGUGGUGUACGUUUAAUCUAUAACGAGCGUGUUAUGGAGCAUCGUGGUAAUGUUUUUAUCACUGACCAAGGAAGUGAAAUUGAAGCCGAUCAAGCUUUUCUCUGUACAGGUAUCAUCCCAAAUUCAGGUUUCAUAAAGAAUAGUUACCCAGAUGCCAUCUCUGAAUUUGGUUAUAUUAAAGCAAACGAUCAACUUCAAAUGUCUGGUUUGACCUACUAUCGUAAUAUUUUUGUAUCUGGUGAUGUUUUACAUGUUCGUGAAGAAAAAUUAGCACAAACUGCCGAAUGUACUGCUAGUAUCGUUGUAAAUAAUAUAAAUGCUAUCGAACAUAGAGCUGAAAAUAAAAUGCAAUCCUAUAAACCUUUCUCUAAACCUGUAUUAAUCAGUCUUGGAAAAUAUUCUGCAAUUUUUGUUUAUAAAGAUUGGGCACUUACUGGUUUUAUUCCUGCAAUUUUAAAAAUAGCUGUUGAAUUUAAAACAAUGGUUAGAUAUUAA